GCAGGAGACCCAGGCCAGCGCCCACCAGCAGUUUGGUCAGUUUGUCCAGCUGAAGCUUGUCGAUGACCAGGAAGUGCAGCGCCAGAGCGAUGACCACACCCACAGGGAACCAGAGAGUGAUCUUGAGAAGCCUGUGUUCGUCCGGGGCUGACUUAAGCAGCAGAGACAGCCUCCAGCCGCCCACAGCAUCAUGAGCCUGAGUGUGUUACCCAGCAAAGCCAAGCAUGGCGAGGCCCCGUUCUGGGACGAGAAGACAAACACAUUGGUCUACGUAGACAUGUUCUACCCACCGGGGGCUGUGGUCACUUUUGAUGGGAAAAACACACGCUUCGUCAACUCAGUGAAAAACAUGAGCUGCCAGGUCCUAAGGUCCAAUGGUCAAGGUUACGUGGUGGCCCAGGAGGAUCAGAUCGAUUUCCUGAGCAAGUCCGGGGAACUGUCGCCCUUUGUGACCAAGGAAGCCUUCAACCUGCAGAACGGGACGGUCACAAAUGACGGGAAGUGUGACGCCAAGGGGAGAUUGUGGAUUGGCACCAUGACCCUAGACUUCACCAAACCCCCGAGUGGUGUUGAGGCUAAUGGCGGCCUGUACCGGGUGACCCCUGAUGGUCAAGCCACGCGCAUGGACGGAGGACGUAAGGUCAGCAACGGCAUCGACUGGACUCUGGACAACCGGACCCUGUUCCACGCGGACACUGGUCACAACUGUGUCUUCGCCUACGACUUCGACCUGGAGAAAGGAGAUAUUGCCAACAAGAGGACGGUACUCAACUUCCCAGAAGACACGGGUUUCGUGGACGGCAUGUGCACUGACGUCAAUGACAAGAUCUGGGCCGCCUUUUGGAACGGAGGGCGGAUAGGCCAGUACGAUGUGGAGACAGGCAAACUGCUCCGUAACAUCAGCACCGCCCCCACCAGCCAGACGACGUCGUGUGUGUUUGCCGGUCCCGGGCUGGAGGAGCUGUGGAUCACCACCUCCACCGUGUCGCUCUCAGAACAGCAGCUGGCUGCUCAGCCCAACGCCGGCGCCAUCUACAAGCUCACGGGGCUAGGCACCAAGGGCAAACGCAGCAUUCCCUUCGCGGGCUAGACGGACGGACGGACGGACGGACAGGGGGGUGUGGUAGAGGGGGUAGUGACUAGUGUAGUAGGCGGGGUCGCUCACGAUUUGUUGUGGGUGGUUUUGGUAAUUUUGGUGGGCCGUAUUUGCUCACUAGUGGGUGGUUAGGUAAUGUUGGUAGACGGUAUUUGACCACUAGUAGGUCGUUUGUUCAUUUUGGUGGGCGGUAUCGCCAACUACUAACUAGUGCGUCAAUGCGGUAGCUUUAGUGGAUGGUAUUUGCGAACUGCAGGGUGAUUUGGUCGUUUUAGUGAACGUGGCAUUUGCUCACUGGUGGGUCGUUUGGUCAUUUUGGUGGGUGGUAUUUUCCCACUAGUGGUUGUUUUAGUCAUUUUAGUGGGCGGUAUUGUCCUCUAGUGGGUGGUUUGGUAAGCUUUGGAGGCGGUAUCGGGAACUACUAACUAGUGCGUCGAUGCAGUAACUUUAGUGGAUGGUAUUCGCCAACUAGAGGGUGGUUUGGUCGUUUUAGUGAACGUGGUAUUUGCUCUCUAGUAGGUGUUUUAGUCAUUUGAGUGGGUGGUAUUUGCUCUCUAGUAGAUGUUUUAGUCAUUUGAGUGGGUGGUAUUUGCUCACUAGUGGAUGUUUUAGUCAUUUGAGUGGGUGGUAUUUGCUCUCUAGUAGAUGUUUUAGUCAUUUGAGUGGGUGGUAUUUGCUCACUAGAGGGUGGUUUGGUCGUUUUAGUGAACGUGGUAUUUGCUCACUAGAGGGUGGUUUGGUCGUUUUAGUGAACGUGGUAUUUGCUCUCUAGUGGAUGUUUUAGUCAUUUGAGUGGGUGGUAUUUGCUCACUAGUGGAUGUUUUAGUCAUUUGAGUGGGUGGUAUUUGCUCUCUAGUAGAUGUUUUAGUCAUUUGAGUGGGUGGUAUUUGCUCACUAGAGGGUGGUUUGGUCGUUUUAGUGAACGUGGUAUUUGCUCACUAGAGGGUGGUUUGGUCGUUUUAGUGAACGUGGUAUUUGCUCACUAGAGGGUGGUUUGGUGACUUGGGUCGAAGGUAUUCUCCACCAGUGGGUCAUUUGGUAAUUGUGGUGGAUGGUGUUGACCACUAGUGAGUGUUUUAUUCAUUUUGGUGGGCGGUAUCACCAAGUACUGACUAGUGUGUCGAUUGGGUAACUUUAGUGGGCGGUAUCACCAAGUACUGACAAGUGCGUCGAUUGGGUAACUUUAGUGGGUGGUAUCACCAAGUACUGACAAGUGCGUCGAUUGGGUAACUUUAGUGGGCGGUAUCACCAAGUACUGACAAGUGCGUCGAUUGGGUAACUUUAGUGGGCGGUAUCACCAAGUACUGACAAGUGCGUCGAUUGGGUAACUUUAGCGGGUG